AUGCCCCCAAACCAACAAGUCGCCCUAAUCAUAGGCGCAUCACGCGGAAUCGGACGCCAGAUCGCCAUCGACCUAGCAAAGAACGGCUACGCAGUAAUGCUGUCGGCAAAAACUACGUCCGACACAUCAACAGUGAUCCCAUUCCCACCAGACCCGAACUCAUCGCAGUCCACCAUCAACACAGUAGAGCGCGAGAUCUGCGAAGCGGGCGGCCACGCCGCAACGGUCGCCGUUGACGUGCGCGACGCAGCGCAGAUCCAACACGCCGUCGAGGAAACGGUGCGCGUGUUCGGAAAGCUCGAUGUACUUGUGUACAACUCCGGCGCGAUCUGGUGGUCCUCUGUGGAGGAUACGCCUCUCAAGCGGUUCAAGCUUAUGCAGCAGGUGAAUCCUGAGGGACUGUAUGCGACUAUUCAAGCUGCUUUGCCUUUCUUUGAGAAGGGGGGUGGAAAGGGCGCAUUGUUGUUGUUUCGCCGCCUAUUUAUUCGAGGCAAAGUCGGAAUGAGUGUCCUGGUCAAAGGUCUCGCCAUGGAUUUUGUGCGUCAAGGCCGAAAUGAAAUGGCGGUGACGAGUAUCUGGCCUGCAUCAUCAAUUGAAUCAGCAGCUACAGAGCACAACAAGGGAUCCGAUAAAUCCUACAAGAAGGAUUUGAGAAAGCCAACAAUAUUCUCAGAUGCUGUUCUGGCCAUGCUGCGUGCCCCGCACCAAAUAGUGAACGGGCUCCUGGAUACAGAUGAGGACUUCCUCCGAGAGAAAUGCGGUGUCUCCGACUUUUCCAAAUACUCUGUAAUCCCAGGGUCGACGCCGCGGCGGAUUAUGCCGGUCAAGUUUCCAGUCCUGGAGGUUGCAGAGCAAGAUGACGAAGGACAACGAAUGGAUAGCACAAAGUUGCGAGCAAAGAUAUAG